CAAGUAAGAUGGCGACUAUUAAUGUGAAAGGCGAAACGUUGUCUUAUUUCUACUUGUAAAUAAAGUAAUUGGUACAUUUAAUCAUUUUACUGUUGUACAAAGUGAUAUAUAUUAUUGUAAAAGUGAAAAUUAUAUCGUGAACUGUUGUGUAUGUCGUUAAACUGCAGUGGCUUUAUUUCACAAUAGACAAAACCCGUCGCAGCGAGCACCCAAGGAGUCGAGGCCAUAUUUAUGAUGUUAUCUGUCGUGUGAGCGUCCUCCGAAACCACAUUGAUAAAUGUUUUGUUGAAAACUGAAGCGAUGGGGUGUAUUUUAUGUCUAAGAAUUUACUAAUAAACUCAAGAUGAUAAUCAGUGCAUCAAUUUAGUGGUAAAUAACACAUCUAGUGGAUAUGGAUGAAAGUGUGGACUUCUAUUGACAUAUUACAUACAUUGACACAAAACAAAACAUCCCGGAGGUGGUAAUGGAUCCAGUAGGACCAUGGUCAGCAUAUGCUUCAUACAAUCGGUUAGCAGGGGUACAGGCUGGUGCUGCAAGUGGAGACUUUCAUCACCACCUAGCCAGUGGUGGUACAGGAUUAGGCAGCCAGUCCGUACCGUCGACAACAAGUCAGUUGCUGCUUCAAGCAGCACAUACUACUGCUUCAUUAGCAGGACAACUUGGUUCAACAACAGCAUCUCCUUUUAACCCAGGAGGAUUUCUUUCUCCACCUGCUGUUGGGUAUGAUGCAGUAUUCUCACCACUUUUUCACCAUGCAAAUCCUAAACCUGCACAUUAUAGCUCUUCUCUUCAGGCCCAACAUCGACAAGUAAUAGCUCAAGCCGUUGCUUCAAAACAAUCUUCAGUAGAAACUGAAUUAUCUUCAUUGCGAGAAAACUAUUCUCAUCAAACAUUAGCUGCACAAGGAACAUCAUUUUUUGAUCAAUCUUCAACACCAGGAAGUACAGCCAGCUUAAGUUGGCAAGGAAAUAAUCAACUUCCAAGUCCAUUUGGGAUAUUGCCCCAUGAGAGUGUUGUGCCGUCAUCACCAAGUCCAGCUACAACAAAGGCAUCUGCAACCUAUGAGAAUUUUAAUGCCCAUUUUGCUGCAGCACAAACACUCAAUAAUCAUCUGAACUCUCAGAUUUCAAGUACUGGUAAACAAACAAAUAGGUCUGGUUCACCAGCAACAGGAUCAAAACCAGCAUCUUCCACAUCAUCCACAUUUUUUCAAUCUCCUUCAUCUUUUGGAAAUCAGACUGAUAACUCAUAUAGUACAAGCGCAAGUGCAAAGGGUGGGCAACUUUCAUCUCAGCAGGAUUAUGCUGGAAGUAAGUCAUAUUCAAGUUCUGCAAGUUCAACUGCUCAUUCCCAGCAAUCGUGUAUUGUGUCAACUCCACCUGUAACCUCUUCCUCUACACCACCAAGCAAAGAUUAUCGUUCUUCCACUAACACCACUUCCCGACCUUCCUCUUCUAUUUAUAACUCCCAGUCGCCUAAAAAUAGCAGUAGUGAAAAAUCAUCAAGACAAUCAUCAAAUAGUAGUAGUAGUUUUGUCUCACCCACAUCAAAACCACCUCAAGUGCAGACAAAAGCUCAGAGUAAAAUAUAUCCAGAACUAAAUACAGAACAAAGAAAAAGUUGUGACUCUAAUGAUAAAUUGCAACCUCAGUCAUCCCCUAUAAGUUAUUCUAUUAUGGAUGCCCCAGGAAGAUUAAGCUACAGUAGUAGUAGUAUUAAUUCUUCUAAAUCUAAUCGAAUUGGUAGUACUCAAUAUUCUGCCUCUCAGGGUUCUAGUUUUAGACAUUAUCAAAGUGGUAAUAAUGUUGAAUCUGAUUAUCAUGUUCGUGCAAAAAGUAGUUCUAGUACUGAUACUGGUUAUUCCAGUAGUAGUUCACAAAAUGGUCCUGACUGCAGUGUGGUUAUAGCUAGAAGACAGAGUCCUUCACAUGCUCCCCCACAGACCUCUCCCAUUGGGCAUGGUUCUAGUCCUGCUUAUCCUAUGUACCAUAGUCCUAUGAAUUCUAUAAAUUCACCACAGCAACAUGGUGACCACUUUAAUAAAAUUAACAGUUCUGCACCCAGAUCACCUUUGGAUGCAUCAAUAGCACGGCCUCCUUCACAAAAUAGUCAGGUAGCGUAUCCGUCUGUUAUAACACGAGCUUUAGGUAUUGAUCAAACUAAAACCUAUGCUGAAAAUAGAUUUGAACGAACACAAAGUCAGUCUUCCAGUCAAAGUUGUUGGGAAAAUGAACGGCAAUCAACUAGAAAAUUUUCUAAUACCAGUAGUAAUAGUAAUACUUACAAUAAUAGUACAUUAGCUGAAAGUAACAGUCAUAAUGAGGAAACUCCUCAAACUCCAACUCACAGAACCUUGUCAGAGAAACAUCAAAACUAUUUUGAUAGUAACAAUGUGGCUUUACAAGAUCUUUCUAGUUGUAGAGGGGAUCCCAUGACUAUAGUCAAAAACUUGCAAAGUUUGCAACAAAGUUGUCAAUUACAAGAUACAAAAUCAAGUAAAAAUCAAACCCCAAUAUCAACACCACCGGUGUCCAAUAAAACUGUAGCACGAAGAAAGAGUACUGAAAAACCUGUUUCUCAUACAAAUAUGAAUGAAAUAUCAAAUGCAGUAAUGGCAGAUUAUUUAGCUAAUAGAAUUCCACCACCAGCUCAUAGUUCAACUAGUAAUCAACAACAGAAUGGUAGCUAUUUUGAUUUUGAAAGAUGGAAUCUUCCACCUCCUCCACCCAAAAUGUUUCCUGGCACUACCGCUUUCGGUUCUCAAGCUCCACUACAUGCAACAAAUUUUGCUAACCAACAUCAAGCACUUGCUAUGCCACAUGGCCAUGCUUUAACAUAUUUCCCGCCAUUUCACCUAGGUCCACAUCCUGAUUUCCAAUCUUCUGUGGAGUUAACACCAUUGUCGUCAUUUAGCGAGACUCCACCUUCGGCUUCCUCGUCAUCUUUUUCAACGCCUGAAACUCGUGAAGAGGAACAGCCUAAGGUGGUAGUACCUAAUAUAGAGGAAGAACUUGGUUUCCUUGCAGAACAACGGGCAAAUACUGCAUCAUCGGUAGCACCCACUUCACAGCAGCCAAAUCUAAACAGCACUUCACAAGACGCUACUACAAAAAUUAUGGAAAAAAAAUUCAAUGUCCCAGUCACGGGCCCCGGUUCAGGUUUCAUGGCUUCUUACUUGAAAUUUUUACAAGGAGAACGGGAUACUUCUCCGCCACCGGCCGGUCGAGGCGCCAGAAAAUCGACUUGGUCGAGAACUACUACAAACAGCAAUACUAAUAAUAAAGGGUACACACAGAAUGAUCACACUAAAAGUCAGUGUGAUGCAAAUACUACUCAGCAAAGCGCUAACGGCGCUAUGACGACGCCUAAUGUAAUAAAUACAGGGAUGUCUCUGAGUAAUCCAGCUAUGAGUUCGACAGCAAAUAUGAGCACAGCAGGCUUAUUGGGUGCUAACCAGAUACAUGGUACGUCGACAAAUUUACUUAGCUCGCAAACAAAAGGUCUUGAAUUGGAUGAUCCCCGUUAUUAUAACUUGAAUAAGGAUAGAAAACGUAAAUAUGAUGGAAGUGAGGAAUCUUCUUACGAUGCGGAUGAAGAAGCAAGAAGAUUGAAUAAGCCAGUGCUCAAUGUGCCUAGUACGCCUCUAAAUGAUAAAGGUAAGAAGGGUCGGACGACUAUGAAUAAGCCGACGCCUUCAGCAGUAGUGGCGCCUCAGCCGGCCGCGCCUAAGAAGCCACGACCGCCUGCGCCGCCGCCCGUGGCUACGCUGCAGGCAGCGCCACACCAGCAAUACUAUUACCAACAACAACCCGACGAAGCUACAGCACAUGGACCUAGUCUAGGUUAUGGGCUCGGAUAUGGUGCUCAAGAAAAUGACAACAACAGCGAUAGAAAAUUACACCAUAUCAAAACCCAUCAGCAAAUUUCCAGUACAGGACAAAUUGAAAAUACUAGACCAAUAGAAGAAAUGCCUUAUCAGUCCGGAGAAUUUGUGGCGAUAAAAACUGAAUUAAGUGAGAUGUGGCCUUCUAUUUGGAGGGUAGAUGGGAAAACAUUGCUACAAAAGUAUGAACCUUUUGAAGAGAAUGGCAAAGUAUUGUAUCGAAAUAUUUCCACUUACGCGGCGUGGAAUCCAGAAAAUAAAAAAUUAUACACACAGGUCCCAGUGAAAGUUCGGUCACAGUCGCAUUUGGAGACGAUAGUAGAGUUAGUUAGGAGUGAAUUGCCUAGAAGCGAAUUGCCCUUCGAUGAUUGUAGUUUUAUAGAGAAAAGGAUGCUGGAAACUCAAAUGUAUCAGGAGAAUUUUGAAGUGUAUAUACAAACAUUAAUAUCACAUGCAUUAGACCCGAAUUUUCUAACGGAAAUAUUUCAAGAGCAAGACGAAUACUUCCUGUCCAACGUGAAAACGGUGGAUGAAGUGACGGAGCGGAUGCGCGGGCGCGUGUCUAGCAGCGCGGGUGUGGGUGGAGCUGGGGGAGCGGCGGCAGCAGCGGCGCGGGCGCUGGACGCUGCGGUGGGCACGUGGCCCGGGCUGAGCGUGGCGGCCGGCGCUGGCGCGUGCCGGGCCUGCGCCCGCGCCGCUGUCGCCCGCCUGCUGCUCUACGGCCAGCCCUACAACCCCGCCACGCUCGAGCCCGUCCAGCCCGACGCGAGGCUCGCCUACGAGAAAGAGUUUCUCGUAUGCGGGACAUGUUGCGGUCGUGUGCAACUAUAUUCAAGAAUAUCACAUCAAAAGUAUCUAAUGUACGCAGAAUGUAGUAAACGAGUUGCCGAGAAAAGAAUGCAAAACCCCAAUAAGGAUACUACUGUAAUACUAAAUGAGUUGUUAGCAGACGAAGUUUGGUUGUCACAGUUGUUCCGCGACGUGCGUCACUCUUGGGCGGAAGCAGAGGCUUGGGAGCGCAAGCUGCGUCAGCAACCUGCCAGACACCUCGUAUAACCCGCACUCGUCGAUGUACGACGCUGUAUUCAUGGACUAUUUUUUAAUUUGAUUUUGAUACCUGUGAAAUACGUGCUGUAUGUAUGUAAUUCUUUUUGUAUUUUAGUAUGCAAUGUACUAGCAUUUAAAUUUAAAUACCAGGGGCAGGAUCUACUAGCUAUAGGCACACAUCACGUUUCUAUUAGUUAAUAUUAUUUUUAUUGUUUUUGUCAUCGAAUUUUAUUGGCUGUUACUUAGUAUCAGUCCAUUCGUGUCAAUACACCGGUGCCAUUUUUAUACCGUUUUGUAAAAAAUAAUUAUGUUGUAUGGAUCAUGGUAACCUUUUUCGUUAUUCGCUAUAUUUAUGUAAUUAGAAUAACAACAAAUGUUCUAAAAUACCUGAGCAGCUUAGCUUUGAGUUUUAACAAAUUCAAUUGUCUACCCAAAAUAAUGGCCAAAACAAAUUUAUCUCAUUAUAAAUACGUAAUUUCGACGAGCACUAUAGUUAUAGUCUGUUUUUUUUCUUGUAUGGCAUUACUAGUAAACAAAAUUUAGUAAACGUGGUAAUUGACCAGAAACUAAAUAAAAAUCGGCAUAUACUAAUAUAAAACAAUGAGGUUGGGAUACGUUGAAUCUAUUGUUAAAUGAAAAUGUGUCUUAUACAAAGAUUAGAACUUAUAGAGAUUGUAUAAUGAUCGGCUCAUCAAAGAAAUACUCUAUUUUAUAUACUCGAAAUGUAGUCAUGUUGUUUGAACCAUCAUUUAUUUGCCAGUUAUGCUAAGUAAGAAAAGCAAACUAUAAAUUUUGUUAUGUUCUAAUAAAAUAUGAGUAUAUUUUCAAUAUUGUAAUGAAAUUAUUCCACUAUUAUUUCUUAUUGUAAAUAUGAUAUUAUUGUGCAAUGCCUAAUGAGGAAUAUGAUUUAUUUUCUUUUAAAUUAACAAUGUGGAUUGUAAAUGUAGAAUUAUUAUAUUAAACAAUUUUAUAGAUAUUUCAAAUUAUCGGUGACCUUUUAUUUGUGACUAUGACCAUGUACAGAAUUGUAUAGAAAUUAUUAAAUUGCAAGGCAAAUAGUUCCUUUUUUACUUAGUCGUUUGUAUGAUUUUCUGUAAACAAAUGAGAUCUUCAUACAAUCUUUUCUUUUAUAAGAUCUUAGGCCUAUUAAUGAUACAAGGAGUGGUAACAAAGUAACAAAAGAAAUUUGCCGAUACAAACAAUCAUACUUAGUGUCUUGCUUUUCUGUUCUAUCUAAUAUAUUCAACUACAUAAACGAUAUACUCCAAUAAAGCUAAUAUGUAUAGAACAUGGCAUUUGUUCUUUAAACAUGAAAAUUACAAAUAGUCUCGUGAAGUUUACCACUUAAUUUUUAACUGUACUUUUCAAUCUGAUAAAUGUAAUACUAAAAAUCUUUUGUUGAUUUUGUGAUUUUUAAUUAUUAUUUUUAAGCCUUUGGUCUGUGAAAAACUAGCGUUUACAACAUGUGGGAACAUUGAUGUAUACAUUCAAUUUCACAUUCCUGGAGAUAUAAUUCUUACCUGGUCUCAUUAAAAUAAUAUUUUCUUUUAUGGUAUAUACCACGACUACAAUUUGCCCCUAUUUAUAAAGCGAACAAAAUGUAACAAUAUUUCUAUUGUGCAAAUAAAGUACAGUACGAGAUGAUAUUUUGUAUAAUUAUUGCAUUAGGUUGUAUAGGUUAACACAUUACUACAUAAUGUAGUUUAUAAUCCUAAGUAGUUAUGUAGCAUUGUAAAAAUACAGGUUCUAUCUGGUAAUUAAAGUUGAAGAAAACUUUAUUUUGUUCAGAUUGGACAAGACUUGGUCGAAUUUGUUUUGACACAAUAUUUUAAUGUAAGACAUCUUAAUAAACGGCAAUUUCAUUUAUUAUUAUCUUUCAUUAAUUGUUCAAAAGAAGAAUUAUUCAUGAAUGGUUUAUUACUAAAAAAAAACAAAAUAAGCAAAUAUUACACAGUUAUACACAAAUAAAUAAAGUUACAGAAACUGGAAAUUUGUGAAAUAUUUACUUGUACUCAUUGCUCCCUUGCAGAACCUUGUUCUAACACUACCACUGAUUUAUAGUGAGCAGCAUUUUACAGACUUACAAUUGUAAUGGGCUAUUUAAAAUAAUCUUACCUGUUCUGUUGUGAAAUUUCAAAUCGCGUUUUAUUAUUUUAAUAAACAGAUUAAUAUUAUUUUAGGACAUUUAGAAAAUAAAACAAGUACCUUUUUUCAGAAUACUUAUAAUUUGCUUGCACACAGCCUCUAUUGUUAAGUAAUAGAACUGAAGUCCGACUGAAAUAAUACAUUAACAAAUACUUUUCGGGCGACGUAAUACGUACUCAAAAUAAUAAUUAGUCUAAAACAUUGCUGAAAGUCAUUAUUUAUUAUUAGUGAAUGUUAUUAUUGAAGCUAUUAACCUUGGUUUCAAUAUAUUAAAAUAAUAGUAAAAUUAUCUAAUCACCAAACUAAGUUGGUUUAAGAAACAAUGCAUGAAAUAUUUUAAUACAUAUAAUAUACAUACAAUUAAAAUCAGCUGUAUUAAAAGUACAAUAUGAAUGAGAUUUAAUAAGGUCCCGGUAAAUAGUUGUGUGUGCACACAUCUUCUGUACUUAAUCUAUCACGAGGACGAGGCACGCACGAGGUACUAGCGACAUAUGGCGGCCCCACUGGCCCGAUCCAUAUCGCCUCAAUUUAGUCACAAGCGUGACCAUAACCUAUACAAGAAUCUAGAAUUACGUAACUUAUAAUAAUUGCAUAUAUCAUACAUCUAAAUUCAAGUAACUUAUUUUUUAUUCAGUUUCAUGUUUCAAUAUUUUACUUUUUUUUUUAUUCUUUUUUUGUUUAUUAUUUUUAUACCAUAAUCUCUGUUUGUUGUUACCACAGCGCGUUGUUGCCGGUGAAAUCUGCCUUCCACGAAUGAUUUUGUCCACCACUAUGUAUAUGACAUAAUGGCCAUGAUGCGAAGCAUCUUCUAAUUCAUAUAUAAUUAUUCGACGUUGUCUGACUUGCGAUUAA